UGAUGAUUCACGAACCAUUCAUUUUGACCGAAUUCUCUUAUACAUAGUACUAGUUUAUUAUAGAGGUGAGUGAUUAGGUCAUAUGAUUAAGCCUUAUUUCAAUUGCUUAGGACUAUAUAGUCAACUCGGUAAUGUGUGACAUUAUUGUUAUGCGUACUUUACUACUACAUAUUAUUUAAAUUUGGUUUGGUCUUGUACGUAUGAUCUGUUUAAGUAUGUUCUUUUCAAAUUUACCCUGUUUAAAUCUGAUUUAGUAUAAUAUGUUACGUAAUACUUCGUAUGAGUUAGUAUGAUCUCAUAUCAAACUGCAACUAAUCGAAUCUUAUAGUUCUGAGGCAAAUUAUAUCCUACAACCGGCUGUACCUUGAGCAUGGUACAGCCGGGUAUUUUUGUAAUAUAUUGAUGUUGGCAGCCGUUGUUGUUACAGGAGAAGGGAACGGUGAAAGAGCCGAGUCGGUCGUUUCCUGCUGUGGAUCAAAUUUUGCUACGCCUGGAACUCCGAAGAGCUCUGCACCGCCAUCCAUUCUGAUUACUUUUUCUUUUUGCUUUUUGCUUUGUGCACAACCGUCAUCUAGUUUUGUCUUUUUCCUUUGACUUUUUCUUUACUUUUACCUAGCUAGUUGAUUUUACUUUAUUUUGUUUAGUCUUUUUAUUUACUUUUUUUCGUUUGUUUAUUUGUUGAUUACUUUUUUUAUAUUAUACCAAGCACAUUAGAAAUGAAUUCUACCUUAAAAUCAAAUGAGUAAAACGCCUAAAAAAUGAACAUACACAAAUGAGCUUUUAAAUUUUUGAAUACUCAUUUUGUAAAUUAUGUAUGUUCAUUAAGUAUCUCUGCUAUGCUCAUUUUUAAAAUGUUUUAGCAAUGCACAUUUCAAAAAUCUCAUAUUACAUUAGAUUUAUAUAAGAGUUGAUUAUAGACAUGUUGGGAUAUAUUAUCCCGGCCUAUUACUGUUCAGGAGCCCAAGACUUUACGUAGUACGGAACCCAAUCAGUAAGGCCCAUUUUAGCCUAUCAGGCCUGUUUCGGCCUUUGGGCCCAUUUUGGCCCAUUCAGCCCGUUAGGGUGGGGAGCCUCCUUUCCCCCUAUUCCCUAUAAAUAGGAGGUUUCCCUCCAUGUAAAAGGAUCCCUUUUUAGCUCUCCCUCCUCCUUCUUUUAGACUUAGCUCAAAUACUCCAUUAAUGGGAGCUUGUACAAUGUAAUGGUGAGGAGAGUCCUAAUGAGAAAGAGAGGGCUUGGAUAUUAGCCUAAAAAGUCCCGUGAUUUUCUCCCUUUCGGGUUUCCACGUAAAAACUGAGUUGUUCAUACACAUCUAUACAUAUAUUUACUAUAUUGUGUUGGAUUAAACUCAACACUGGCGCCGUCUGUGGGAAUCAGUUCGAAAAGUUUAGCGUGUUCUUGAUUUUUCUACGAAAAAUCUGAGACGGGAGAACUGAUUUUCAACAAAAAAAAAAAUUGAUACGAAAAAGCUACUGAUUUGAAGAAAAAGAAAGGAGGCUGGAAACGCCCAGAUCUGAAAAGAAUCGGAAGAAGCCACCAGAGCCUAACCAGCCCGGCGGCGACGCUGCACCGAGCCGGAGGUGGAGUACGAACUCCGGCCUGCCUCAAAUUUCAUCACCCUAGUUGCGGCUCUUUCAUCAGGCCGGAGCACCGGCGAGCGUCGUAGCAGUGGACUCAUCCACCUCGCCGGUUAGUAUGGCUUUUCUCUGCUUCCGUUGCAGCUCAACCUCGAGCCAGGGGUGUUUCCGCCAUUAAUGGCGGUUGGGAGCUUAGAAUAGUGUGUAUCUCGAAGUCCAGCUGAUUUUCCACCGGAGACAAGCUUUUCGGGCCGCCCUUGCUCCGAUGCAGCAGCCAUCUCCACCGUCGCUGAGCUGCACAUACUAACCGCUCUGGGUCGGUGAGCUUGUAAGCAGAUCCUUCAACAAUCUAUCCAAAAUAUACGGAGCACUACGUGCCAGUCAAAUACCUUGGUUCUCAUAAGGCCACGUUCGAAGGAUGAAUGGUAGCAAACGAGUAAAGCUGGAGUACUUUUGACCAAAGUCAAAAGUUGGCAAGGCUGACUCCACAAAUCCUGAUGGCCGAAGCUCCCAUCUCCAAGGAGCUAAGUACCUAUAACUUCUAAAUUGGUACAUUAAUUAUUAAAUGUUUAAAAUGUUACAAGCAUGGCUGCUAUUAUUCUUUAUCACCAUUAUUUAUUAGGGGAUAAAUGUCCCGAAUUAAAUAAUGCGGAGCGAGGCUCUAGUGAUAGUUAGUUCGGCCAAUAUUUUAUUGAAUAUUUAAUUUUUUGUGGAGCCUGUUGGCCCACUCUCCAUCAGCUUGAUUAAGUGAUCCGAGCGUCCCCGGAAGGGCGAUGCCCCGACGACGCAUUUUAAUUUGAGGGGUGCGCAUUAGUCUGCAUGGCACUACGUGCCCGAUCGACGAUCAUACCCCAAUGUAAUCCACGCCGCUAGGCGCGAAGUCACUAUUGCCAAACGUGGCCUAUGGGGCCCGAGGGCACCAAAGCACUCAACCUCGUUUUUCCGAGGGCAGUGCGACUAACUUGGGUCUGAGUUGAAAACUCACAGACCGGUGAAUAUCUCUAUGUGACGUUCGGCGGGCUGCUAAUUGGCCCCGCCGCGAGCUGCUACGUCCAUUACCCCCGCACGAUGAGCCAGGACGAGGGUCACGAUAACCCAUAGGCCGGUAAUCGUAGGUGUUAGAGAGAAAGCCACGCAGAUGGUUAUGUGUGCAUAUUUAUUGUCGGGCCGUGCGGCCCGUUGCCAUGCUUAUUGCGCAGCUGAAGCCACUCGACGCGCUUGAGCGAAAUGAUUAGAAGACGCUCGGCCCGAGUCUUGAAGACGUGCAGGGCCGGCUAAAGAGGAGACCAUCACGGCUGAGGACCGUGAGACGAGCAUCUCCACCUAGAGGCCGAGGGCCUAGAGGAAACCACCACGGUUGAGAACCGUGGGACGAGCAUCUCCACCCCAGAGACCGAUGGCCUAGGAAGAACACCUAGAGGCCGAGGGUCUAGAGGGAACUGCCACGGCGAAGAACCGUGAGACGAUCAUCCAUCAUCCAGAGGCCGAGGGCCAAGAGGAAACCAUCACGGCUGAGAGCCGUGAUACGAGCAUCUCCACACCAGGAGCCGGUGGCCUAGAGGAGACCACUACGGCCGAGGGUCGUGGGACCAUCCUUACAUCACGACCGACCUCACGGUACGACGUGUUUAUCACCUGAAGACCGGCCUCGUCCCCGCGAUGCGCGGAUGAGGACCGUUGCUUGAUUUCAGAUCGGUCUCUCGUUGCCGACAUCAUUAUAUCACGACCGGCCUCUCGGCACGGCGUAUUUAUCUUUUGAAGACCGGCCUUGUCCCCGCACUACGCGGAUGAGGACCGUUGCUUGGAUUUCAGGUCGGCCUAUCAUUGCCGACAUCAUUAUAUCACGACCAACCUCUCGGCACGGCGUGAUUAUCUUAUUUGAAGACCGGCCUUGUCCCCGCACUGCGUGGAUGAGGACCGUUGCUUGGAUUUCAGGUCGGCCUAUCAUUGCCGACAUCAUUAUAUCACGACCGGCCUCUCGGCACGGCGUGAUUAUCUUAUUUGAAGACCGGCCUCGUCCCCGCGAUGCGCGGAUGAGGACCGUUGCUUGAUUUCAGAUCGGUCUCCCGUUGCCGACAUCAUUAUAUCACGACCGGCCUCUCGGCACGGCGUAUUUAUCUUUUGAAGACCGGCCUUGUCCCCGCACUGCGCGGAUGAGGACCGUUGCUUGGAUUUCAGGUCGGCCUAUCAUUGCCGACAUCAUUAUAUCACGACCGCCCUCUCGGCACGGCGUGAUUAUCUUAUUUGAAGACCGGCCUCGUCCCCGCGAUGCGCGGAUGAGGACCGUUGCUUGAUUUCAGAUCGGUCUCCCGUUGCCGACAUCAUUAUAUCAUGACCGGCCUCUCGGCUCGGCGUGUUUAUCUUUUGAAGACCGGCCUCAUCCCCGCACUGCGCGGAUGAGAGCCGUUGCUGGAUUGCAGGUCGGCCCCUCAGUGCCGACACUAUCACAUCAUGUUCGGCCUCUCAUCGCCGACAUCAUCAUACCACGACCGGCCCCUCGGCUCGGCGUGCUUAUCUUUUGAAGACCGGCCUCGUCCCCGCCACAUCGCGGACGAGGACCGUUGUUUGAUUCUUUCAGGUCGACCUCUCACUGCCGACACUAUCAUGUUAUGUUCGGCCUCUCGGCACGACAUAUUUAUCUUUUGAAGACCGGUUUCAUCCCCGCGCUGCGUGGAUGAGAGCCGUCGCUUGGAUAUAUCAGCCUGAUCGGACACUAUUGUCAUCUCCUUAUCAGGACCGACUGCUCAGCGGCAUUAUGAUCAUUAUUUGUCGGCUCCCAAUGCCGACCCUCUUGAGUUUGCGAUCGGGCUCACGACUCCCCUCCAGGAGGGUGACCAUCGCCUUCGCAUGAUGACCAGCUAUUCUAUCGCCUCGUCAUUAUGUUGUUCGCUAUGCCACCACCAUUAUGUGUGACAUCCCGUGAUCCCUGCGAGUUUCUUGGAUACCGAAUGUCUUCUUCGAUGUAGGAAGAUCGGUAGGACCAUGGACCAGGGACGGACAAAGAAGAGCUAGGGAAUCUCGAUGUAGAUAAACCUGUUCCUCCUUGUGAGUUUCGCGGAUACCGAACGUCUCUUCGAAGCAAGAGCGCCGGUAGGACCAAGAACCAAGGACGAACGAAGAAUAUAGAUUGCCUCCCUCAAACAAAAAAAAAAAAAAAAAGAGAUGGGGAGAAGAGGAGGGUAGCUCCUAUGUGGAAGGGAAUCUUGCCCGGGCGUGCCAGAUCUUCUCCCACCGCCGAAGACGAACGCCUCUCGAUGUAGAGGUUAGUAGAGACGCGGAGGGGGCUAGACGAACCAAGGGAGCUUUGCCAAGAUAAACCUGUUUAUCCCACAAUGACCAUGGAUCGAUGGACGUGGGAUAACAAAGUCGGGAACCCGUGAGGGUAAACCAGUUCGUCCCUGCGAGUUCCUUGGGUACCGAACGUCUUCUUCGAAGCAAGAGACGCCGGUAAGACUAAAAGGACCACGGACGAACAAAAAAAGGGGGAAUCUCGAUGUAGAUAAACCUGUUCCUCCUUGCGAGUUUCGAGAAUACCGGACGUCUCUUCGAAGUAAGGACGCUGGUAGGACCAAGAACCAAGGACGAACGAAGACUAAAAGACUCCAAAAAAAAAAAAAAAAAAAAAAGAAAGAAAGAUGCCAGAAGAGCACGGAGCAAAGAAUGAUUUUAUCCCUCAGCGCUAUUGGCCGGGAAGUACAAACUGGAAAACAUAUGUAAAGAAUAAUUACAAAACUUAAGUACGAAGAAUGAAGUGGCCGACGACGAUCGGCUAACAUCAGGCUUUCUUUUGCCUCGAACGACGAUUAGCCCCCCAGAUCAGGUAGAAGGGACAUCGCCCAGAUUUAUUUCAGGCUCACCAUUCCUUCCCGGAUGGAGUCCUGGCAGACGAUCGGCUUCUCACAGCCAAACAGGAGAGAGACUUGACACAUCACCAGCACGGCCGAGGGCCGUGAGACGAUUACCACUCACCGACAGGCCGAGGGCCAUGAGAUGAUCAUCACUAUUUUUCUGUAUCACGAUCGGCCCCUCAGCGCCAUCGUGUCCAGACUCACGGUUCGUCUUGCCCAUUCCCUCCAGGAUGGGGACGACCGUCUUAUGCAGUACGAUCGGCCCCUCAGCGCCAUCGUACCUGGCCUCACGUUCGGAUCGCCCCAUUCCCUCCAGGAUGGCGACGAACGUCUUAUGCAGUACGAUCGGCCCCUCAGCGCCAUUGUACCUGGCAUCACGUUCGGAUCGCCCCAUUCCCUCCAGGAUGGCGACGAACGUCUUAUGCAGUGCGAUCGGCCCCUCAGCGCCAUCGUACCUGAUUUCACGGUUCGGCUCGCCCAUUCCUUCCAGGAUGGCGACGACCGUCUUAUACAGCACGAUCGGCUUCUCAGCGCCAUCGUGUCUCUUUCACGUUCGGAUCGCCCCAUUCCCUCCAGGAUGGCGACGAACGUCUUAUGCAGUGCGAUCGGCCCCUCAGCGCCAUCGUACCUGAUUUCACGGUUCGGCUCGCCCAUUCCUUCCAGGAUGGCGACGACCGUCUUAUACAGCACGAUCGGCUUCUCAGCGCCAUCGUGUCUCUUUCACGUUCGGAUCGCCCCAUUCCCUCCAGGAUGGCGACGAACGUCUUAUGCAGUGCGAUCGGCCCCUCAGCGCCAUCGUACCCGAUUUCACGGUUCGGCUCGCCCAUUCCUUCCAGGAUGGCGACGACCGUCUUAUACAGCACGAUCGGCUUCUCAGCGCCAUCGUGUCUCUUUCACGUUCGGAUCGCCCCAUUCCCUCCAGGAUGGCGACGAACGUCUUAUGCAGUGCGAUCGGCCCCUCAGCGCCAUCGUACCUGAUUUCACGGUUCGGCUCGCCCAUUCCUUCCAGGAUGGCGACGACCGUCUUAUACAGCACGAUCGGCUUCUCAGCGCCAUCGUGUCUCUUUCAGGUUCGGAUCGCCCCAUUCCCUUCCAGGAUGGCGACGAACGUCUUAUGCAGUGCGAUCGGCCCCUCAGCGCCAUCGUACUAGAUCUCACGGUUCGGCUCGCCCAUUCCCUCCAGGAUGGCGACGACCGUCUUAUGCAGCACGAUCGGCUUCUCAGCGCCAUCGUGUCUCUUUCACGUUCGGAUCGCCCCAUUCCCUCCAGGAUGGCGACGAACGUCUUAUGCAGUGCGAUCGGCCCCUCAGCGCCAUCGUACAUGAUUUCACGGUUCGGCUCGCCCAUUCCUUCCAGGAUGGCGACGACCGUCUUAUACAGCACGAUCGGCUUCUCAGCGCCAUCGUGUCUCUUUCAGGUUCGGAUCGCCCCAUUCCCUUCCAGGAUGGCGACGAACGUCUUAUGCAGUGCGAUCGGCCCCUCAGCGCCAUCGUACUAGAUCUCACGGUUCGGCUCGCCCAUUCCCUCCAGGAUGGCGACGACCGUCUUAUGCAGCACGAUCGGCUUCUCAGCGCCAUCGUGUCUCUUUCACGUUCGGAUCGCCCCAUUCCCUCCAGGAUGGCGACGAACGUCUUAUGCAGUGCGAUCGGCCCCCUCAGCGCCAUCGUACCUGAUUUCACGGUUCGGCUCGCCCAUUCCUUUCAGGAUGGCGACGAACGUCUCAUUUGCAGCACGAUCAGCGCUUCAGCGCCAUCGUGUCUGGCUCACGUUAGGGUCGCCCAUCCCUUUCAGGAUGGCGACGAACGUCUCUUAUGCAGCACGAUCAGCGCUUCAGCGCCAUCGUGUCUGGCUCACGUUAGGGUCGCCCAUCCCUUUCAGGAUGGCGACGAACGUCUCUUAUGCAGCACGAUCAGCGCCCCAGCGCCAUCGUGUCUGGCUCACGUUAGGGUCGCCCAUCCCUUUCAGGAUGGCGACGAACGUCUCUUAUGCAGCACGAUCAGCGCUUCAGCGCCAUCGUGUCUGGCUCACGUUAGGGUCGCCCAUCCCUUUCAGGAUGGCGACGAACGUCUCUUAUGCAGCACGAUCAGCGCUUCAGCGCCAUCGUGUCUGGCUCACGUUAGGGUCGCCCAUCCCUUUCAGGAUGGCGACGAACGUCUCUUAUGCAGCACGAUCAGCGCUUCAGCGCCAUCGUGUCUGGCUCACGUUAGGGUCGCCCAUCCCUUUCAGGAUGGCGACGAACGUCUCUUAUGCAGCACGAUCAGCGCUUCAGCGCCAUCGUGUCUGGCUCACGUUAGGGUCGCCCAUCCCUUUCAGGAUGGCGACGAACGUCUCUUAUGCAGCACGAUCAGCGCCCCAGCGCCAUCGUGUCUGGCUCACGUUAGGGUCGCCCAUCCCUUUCAGGAUGGCGACUAACGUCUCUUAUGCAGCACGAUCAGCGCCCCAGCGCCAUCGUGUCUGGCUCACGUUAGGGUCGCCCAUCCCUUUCAGGAUGGCGACAAACGUCUCUUAUGCAGCACGUCUUCCUCUCGGCGCUGACAUGCUCGAGUUCUCAUUGAGAGCUACCGCUCCUAUCACAUCUUGCAUUCCCUCUUUCAUACAUUGCACCAUACAUUACAUGCAUUCAUGCAUCAUACCUCAUACAUUCAUACAUACACACGUGCAUCAUGUUUUGACAGUACCGCGACGUCGGUUUAUAGAUGCAUGGACCUCUAAGCUUCUCCGUUGGAAAGCUCGAGUCAGGGUCCUUUACUCUCGCCUGAUGCAUUCAGGGGGAGCGUGCCCGUGGAGGAGCACCCUUCGCCCAACCCCGUCGGGAACGGGGGUGCCCCACCGGCAGAUUACGUUCAGGAGUGUGGACAUCCACUCAUAUAUUAUGAUUAUUCGAAGACACAGGUUCCAGCUAGACCGAGGUAAAGCGCAGGCAAGAGUAUAUUUUCUCGAGCAGAUUCGCACGCUCACUACUCAAGAAACUGGGGGACUUGUGUUGGGAUAUAUUAUCCCGGCCUAUUACUGUUCAGGAGCCCAAGACUUUACGUAGUACGGAGCCCAAUCAGUAAGGCCCAUUUUAGCCUAUCAGGCCUGUUUCGGCCUUUGGGCCCAUUUUGGCCCAUUCGGCCCGUUAGGGUGGGGAGCCUCCUUUCCCCCUAUUCCCUAUAAAUAGGAGGUUUCCCUCCAUGUAAAAGGAUCCCUUUUUAGCUCUCCCUCCUCCUUCUUUUAGACUUAGCUCAAAUACUCCAUUAAUGGGAGCUUGUACAAUGUAAUGGUGAGGAGAGUCCUAAUGAGAAAGAGAGGACUUGGAUAUUAGCCUAAAAAGUCCCGUGGUUUUCUCCCUUUCGGAUUUCCACGUAAAAACUGAGUUGUUCAUACACAUCUAUACAUAUAUUUACUAUAUUGUGUUGGAUUAAACUCAACAAGACACGAGACCACAAAUCAUGAUACUCAAACGCAGAUUCUAAUACUCAAUAACGGGGAUUUGAUGCUCGCCGAAAAUAGAGGAGUUUUGAUGUUGAAUGAAAAUGUUGUGAUGUUCAACUAGCAAAGCAACUAACAAAUUCAUUAAUACUCAUGUUGUAAGUUACAUAUGCUCAUCUGAUAUUGAUCUUAUGCUCAUUUUCUAAAUGUCAUAUCAGUGCAUUUUUAAAAGUAUUAUUUUAUUAUAGACUCUUAAUACUCAACAUAAUAGGUUCGAUGCUCAUUAAAAGUUCAUUAAUGCUCAUUCACAAGAAACUAUGAUUUUCAUCUCAAUAGCAGAUGUUUGAUGCUCAAUUAAAAUGUCGUGAUGUUCAACUAACAAACCUUACGAUAAAAAAUAACAAAAAGAAAGUGAAUUACAAAUUAUGCAGCAAAGAUCACGAUUCUGAAUAUUAGACUUCUAAUACUCAACAGAGUAGGUUGGUUGCUCAUUAAAGGUUCAAUAUUACUCAUUCUCCAGAAGUCGUGACUUUGAUCUCAAUAGUGGAGGUUUGAUACUCAAUUAAAAUGUCAUGAUAUUCAACUAACAAACUUUACGAUUUUCAUAUCAAUGUGUCAUUUCUAAGUUAUGUAUGCUCAUUUGAUACUGAUGAUAUGCUCAUUUUUUAAAUGUCAUAUCAAUGCAUGUUUCAAAAGUAUCGUAUUACAUUAGAAUCGCAUAUUUAAAUUAAUAGGAGUAGAUAAUAGAUAUAAUUUAAUUAGUUUUUUAUAAAAGAAAAUAAUAGAAAAAGAAAAAAUAGAAGAUAUGAAGCAGAAAUUGUUAUACUCAUUGUUAACCUCUUAAUGCUCAAUCAAAUAGGCUAGAUGCUCACAAAAAUUACAAUAUUGCUCAUUUAGCGUAAGACGUGAUUUUUCACUUAAAUUACAAAAGUGUCACCGAAAAAAAAUGGUCUUUACUGCUUAUUGGGUUGUCUUCCUAAUUGGGCCGGAUGUAUAUACAUCUGGUUGUACCAUAUAGGCUCUCGAGUUCCGAGAGGCUGUACUUCAUGCUUCAUUUGUUUCAAAAUGACACAUAUAUUAUAUGUAGUACUUUUUCGUGAUUGAAUACCGGAAGUGAUGUCUCGAGUAUCGACUACUUUGUUUAGAGAUCGAAAGUUACAUCAUGUAUGGUCAAAACUUAUGUGUUUCUAAAAAUAUGAUUUAAAUCCGUUUCCUCAUAUGAUGUCACACAACAUGUAUUCAUACCAUUCCGAUUCCAUUUUUCUUACGGGGUAUUUCAUUCAAUACAUGGCCUAGUCAUAUGUUGGGAAAGAAUCAUGCAUAGUCAGUCAUAUAUUUCCUCCCUUUAUAUAAGAUCAUUUUUUAGAAAAUAAUAACUUUAAUGUAUACGAGUUAAAUAAAUAUUUUAUUCAGUUAUAGGAAAUUAUCACAUACGGAGUAUGUCAUAGUAGUUUAUCAAAAAGUUUAUUAAGCUCCAACUAAAAACAUUCGAUUGAGUCCCGAUCCUUAAAAAACACCCAAAUGUAUAAUUUAGUGUUGUUGUGAAAUGAAAAGAUGAAGACUAAAUUUAAGAGAUAGAUAUAGAUAAAACCUCUAAAUUACUUCUUCUUAAUAUCUGAGAUUUUCUGAGCAUCUGAAUUAAUUUACAAGGCUUCAUCAAGCUCCUAUUUAUAGUGGUUGAUCUUGAUGAUUAGUCAUCUAAAGGAUGACUCUACAAAUUUGGUGGCAAUAACAAACAGAGCCAUCUGUUCUAACUAGGUUACAAGGAUUGACACUAGAUUAGUGUCCUGAUUACAAGGAUUGAAAUUUGAUGACUAGGCUCAUUACAAGGAUGAAUAAUUCACACAUGUAAUUCCCAUG